AUGGAUCGCUCAAUCGCCCCAAGACCGAUCGAAGCUAUCCUCGUCGAUCUCAAAUCUAGAUCAGACGAACUUCGCUCUCGUGCGGCUCAUGAAGUCCAACAAUUUGUCCUCACUUCUUCUCGAGGAGUAACGGGUGACUCGUUCACGAAAGUCUACAACGAAGUUAGCGGCCGAAUUCAAAUCGCAGUCUCAUCAAAUGACAUGAACGAAAAAUUGGGUGCUCUCCAAGCAAUGGAGAAACUCAUCGACAUCAUGGGAGAAGAUACCACCAGGGCUUAUAAACUGGUUUCUUACGUUCAGAAAGUUUUGCCCUGUCAAGAUCCGUUAGUGAUGGGCUACGCAGCCAAAAUAUUUGCCCGGCUGUGCUCGAAAGGGGGCAAUCUUAUGUUGGAGAACGUUCGAAAACAACUUGUUCGUGUGAUUGAAUGGCUACAGGGUGAGCGGAAAGAAGAACGACGACAUGCCGCUGCCCUUCUACUUCGAGAGAUGGUUCGAGUGCCUCCCUCGAGUGUUAUCUACGAUGCUCUGCCCGAUCUACUCGAUAAUCUGUGGACUGCGAUGCGUGAUCCGAAAGUCGUGAUCCGAGAAGUGGCAUCAGACGCUCUAGCUGGUUUACUUUGCUUCACCUCAACUCGUGAAAGUACCACCCGGGAUGAAUGCUUCUUGAUGGUUCUACAGCAGGCCCAGAAAGGCUUCAAACUAGGCACUUCUGAUGCCAUUCAUGGUAGCUUGCUAGGAAUCAAAGAAUUAAUCCUUGAAGGUGGAACUUUCAUGCGACCUCGGUUUCACGAAAUCUCGGAUCAAAUUCUAACUUAUAAAGACCAUCGAGAAGCCCUAGUCCGACGAGCAGUAGUGGAACUAAUACCCACCCUGGCCUCUUACAACUCUGUUGAAUUUUCUUCUACAUAUCUCUAUCAAUGUAUGAUGUAUCUUAUCGAGCAACUACGCAAGGACCGAGAUCGCACCACCUCAUUCUACGCAAUCGGACACGUCGCUGUCGCCGUCAAACAGCAGAUGUCUUUAUAUCUCGAGGCCGUCCUGGCAUCUAUCAAGGAAGCUUUAGUCAAUCGGGGCAAAAAGAACAGUCCUUCCGAAGCCUCCAUCUUUCAUUGUAUCAGCAAGUGUGCUGCAGCUGUUGGGCAAGCCAUGACCAAACACAUGCACGAAUUGCUCGAGUUGAUGUUUUCCAACGGUCUCAGCGAACCUCUGAGAGCGGCACUGGUCGAUUUGGCACGGUUCAUCCCUCCUCUAUUGCCCAUUGUCCAAGAGAAGUUGCUCGACCUGCUUGCGGUGACACUUUCUGGAGAAAAAUUCAAGCCUCCUGGGAUGCCUAUCAAUUGGAAGGCUGCAUCCAGCCCGGCUGAUCUUAGUGCCAUGGAAGCUGAUCGAGCGACAGUCACUCUGGCUUUAAAAACUCUGGGCACAUUCAACUUCAAAGGGCAUAGGCUGAAUGAAUUUGUGAGGGAUGUUGUGAUUCGAUAUGCAGAUGACGAGUCCCCCGAUGUUCGACAGGCUGCUGCCACUUGUUGUGCUCAAGUUUUGGCUCGAGAUCCUAUCAUCCAUCAAAAUUCAUCAUAUGCUAUCAAGCUAAUCUCGGACGUUCUCACAAAGCUACUGGCUGUCGUGAUCGCCGAUCCAUUACCCUCGAUUCGGCAGUCUACUCUCUUGGCCCUAGAUUCGAAAUUUGAUCGAUUUUUGGCCCACCCUAAUAAUAUCAAACAACUAUUCAUUGUACUGAAUGACGAAGUCCAUGUCAUCAGGGAAUCGGCUAUCAAGACGAUUGGACGCCUUGCCAAGCGCAAUCCGGCUUAUAUCGUGCCCAAUCUAAGGAAAACGCUAAUUCAACUUUUGACUGACCUCGAAUACUCCAGUGAUGUCCGGCGCAAGGAAGAAAGUUCCAAUCUCCUGGCGCAUCUUAUCAGCUGUUCGAAAAGUCUCACCAAGCCAUAUGUGGCCCCCAUGCUUAAAGUCUUAUUGCCAAAGGCUCGCGAUUCAAAUCCUGCAGUGGCUUCUUCAAUCAUGAUGGCUCUGGGUGAGUUAGCGCGAGUAGGGGGAUCCGAGGUGUCCAGCCAAAUAGGCACUAUUAUGCAGUUGAUUAUGGACACGUUGAAAGAUCUUUCACCGGGAAAGCGGGAAGCAGCCCUGAAGACACUCGGUCAGCUCUGCUCAAAUACGGGCUAUGUGGUCGAGCCUUACUUCGAUGAGCCAACGCUCUUGCCAAUUAUCACAUCAAUUUUAAAGACCGAAACCUCAAGUCACGUUCGUAGGGAGGCGUUGCGAGUCUUAGGAAUCCUGGGCGCUCUAGAUCCCUACAGAAACACCGCGUUAGAUCAAUUUGGCUGUAGUGGGAUCGCCAUUGGGAUUGGAUCCUCUUUAGAUUUGGCACCUAUUCUCACCGAUCCCUCUCAUCCUGACCAGAUCGGUUCUUCAAAUGAGAACUACUAUCCCACCGUCGCAUUUUCAGCCUUGUUAUCAAUUCUAAGCGACUCGAGUUUAUCGCAUCAUCACGCCGCUGUCGUCCAGGCAAUCAUUUACAUAUUUCGCUCGCUUAGAUUGAAGUGUGUUGGCUUUCUUCCCAAAGUCAUCCCAGCAUAUCUAAGUGCUAUGCGUCUAUGUAAUGUGGCUCUACAGGAGUAUUAUUUUCAACAACUAGGUUAUUUAAUUCAAAUGGUCAAACAUCACAUCAGGAAUCACCUCCCUUCCAUCAUCACUCUGAUCCACGAGUUUUGGAUUACCGCAACCGGUGGACUGAAUGAAAAUGGUAUUGUCACCGUCACUCGGCCAAGCGGCUCGACACUACUGACGGUCAUUGUGGAUCUGAUCGAGUCGAUAGCCCUGGCGCUGGAGAGCGAGUUCCGGACGUACCUACCUUCAUUCUUGCCGCUUCUUAUCGACUCUUUUGAUUACAGCAAUACGAAAUACCAAACUCUUAACCACAUCCUGAAGGCUUUUCAGACAUUUGGCAACAACUUGGAAGAUUACAUCCAAUUAGUGUUACCCUGCCUCAUCAAGACGAUCGAAAAACCCGAGUUGCCACUGAGCUUAAGGAAGAACGCGAUCAUUACCUUGAAUGUGUUGAGUAUGAAAAUCAAUUUGAUCGAUCAAGUCUCGAGAGUUAUUCACCCUUUGAUCAGAGUGGUCAAUGUGGGUAAUAAUGAGUUGAGGGGCUUGACGAUGGAUGCGAUCUGCAGUAUCCUGAUUCAGAUUGGGCCUGACUUUGUGAUCUUCUUGUCAACAGUCAAUCAUGCCUUGACUCAAGCAAGAUACUCACACCCAUUGUACGAAUCGCUGGUCUUGAAAUUGCUGAAGGGUGAGACUUUGCCCGACCCCAAUUUUAACAAACCGCAGGCGAAUGUGACAGUGGAGUCAGACAUUGCACCAGAUGCUGGAACGACCAAAUUCCAAGUGAAUCAACAAAACCUGAAGUCUGCUUGGGAGACGUCGACCGUUAAAAAACCAAAAUCUGAGGACUGGAAAGAGUGGAUCAAACGGCUCUCCGUUCAAUUGUUACAAUCAUCCCCGAGUCAUUGUCUGAGGGCUUGUGCGAAUCUAUCUAGUGUUUAUCCGCCCCUAGCUAGAGAGCUCUUCAAUGCCGCUUUUGUGUCUUGCUGGAUGGAGCUAUUCGAACGAUACCAGGUUGAAUUGGUUGCAGCCAUUCAAAUCGCGCUCUCUUCGCCGACAAUCCCUCCUGAAAUUACUCAGACCCUCUUAAACUUGGCAGAAUUUAUGGAACAUGACGAAAAGGUUUUGCCGAUCCGGAUUAGUACCCUGGGCAUGUACGCCCAAAAGUGCCAUGCAUUUGCGAAAGCGUUGCAUUACAAGGAAAUAGAAGCAUUCACAGAACCCACAGCGGACACAUUGGACAGUCUGAUUCAGAUCAAUCAGCAUUUGCAACAACCAGAUUCGGCACAAGGAGUACUGACGAUGGCUCAACAGCGUUUUGGAAUGGAAAUCCGAGAGGAAUGGUUUGAGGAGCUUGAACGGUGGGAGGAUGCAUUGGACAGUUACACCAGAAAGCUAGAAGAAGAUCCCAAGUCAAUUGAUGCCAUCUUAGGUGGGAUGAGGUGUCUACAUGCGCUUGGAGAAUGGGAAUCCUUGUCGGAAAUGGCCCAGGAUAACUGGGAGAGCUCGUCCAACGAGGUCAAACGAACCAUGGCACCAUUGGCGGCUGCGGCUGCAUGGGGAUUGGCACAAUGGGAUAGUAUGGAUAGUUACAUCAAUGUAUUGAAAUCUGAUUCGGCUGAAAAGGCUUGGUUUAAAUCCAUCCUUUCCAUCCACCGCGGUCAACAUUCAGUGGCUCAGAGACUUAUCAACAAAGCUCGUGACACGUUAGACACUGAGCUCUCGACCCUCUUGGGCGAAAGUUACAGUCGUGCCUACAAUCUCGUUGUCAGGGUUCAAAUGCUUUCGGAGCUCGAAGAAAUCAUAGCCUACAAGGAAUGUAAGGAUGAUGACCCAAGUAAACAGGAGCAGAUCCAGCGGACUUGGAUGAAGCGGUUAAAAGGCUGCCAACGUGAUGUUGAAGUUUGGCAGAGAAUCUUGAAAGUCAGAGCCUUAGUGUUGACACCUCGAGAAGACGUUGGAAUGUGGAUCAAGUUCGCUGGGCUGUGUCGGAAGUCCGGAAGGCUAGGACUUGCUGAGAAAACGCUGAAUUCCUUGAUGAGUGAAGAUAUUGAUAAUGGUCUUGAAUCGCGUGGUCCACCGUUGGUGAUAUACUCGCACAUCAAAUAUAUGUGGGGGUCAGGAGCGAAACAAGACAGUUUGAUGUACCUCAAAGAUUUUACACUUCGAUUGAGUGAGGACGUCUUCGAUCACCGAGAUCAAGGUGGUGAUCAAGAUUUCGAGCAACAGAGUCGAAGAGUUGAGCAUCAAAGAUUGCUAUCUCGUUGUCAUCUUAAACUUGGUGAAUGGCAAUCCCAACUUCAAGAAGAUUGGAGCUCACCGGCGGUUGCAGACAUUCUAGAAUCUUACAGACUUUCAUCAGAACUCGAUCCGGAGUGGUAUAAAGCUUGGCAUGCAUGGGCCUUAGCAAAUUCAAAGGUGGCCUCCCAUUACGAACGCAAUCAGGAUGCCAACUCGGUCCCAGCUGAGAUCGUCCAAUACCACUUAGUCCCGGCCGUUGAAGCGUUCUUCAAGUCAAUUGCUCUGUCACCCGGGAAUGCGCUUCAAGAUAUCCUGAGAUUGCUAGGGAUUUGGUUCAAGUACGGCGAUCACCAAGUAGUCGCCAAUGCCAUUCAAGACGGUUUCGGUAACGUUAGUAUCGACACCUGGUUAGAGGUGGUCCCUCAGUUAAUCGCACGGAUCCAUGCUCCAAGUGCCAACGUUCGACGUCUCAUCCACAACAUCUUAUGCGAUGUGGGUAAAGCCCACCCUCAAGCAUUAGUAUACCCGUUGGUAGUGGCCUCGAAAUACCCCAAUGAACCUAGGAGGAAAGCAGCACUCGACAUCAUCACCAAAAUGAAGAUGCACAGUGCCCUUCUAAUUGAACAGGCCUUGUUGGUCAGUAGUGAGCUAGUCAGAGCGGCAAUCUUGUGGCCUGAGAUGUGGUAUGAGGGUUUGGAAGAGGCGUCCAGAUUGUUUUACGGAGAUCAUAAUAUCGACGCAAUGUUUGCCACUUUGGAGCCGCUACAUGACCUAUUGGAAAAGGGCCCUGAAACGAUUCGGGAAUCACACUUUGCAUCGACUUAUGGUCACGAUUUGAUGGAAGCUCGUGCUUGUUGUCGGAGGUACAGAGAGCGAGGGGAUGUGAGCGACCUCAAUCAGGCAUGGGAUCUAUACUACCAAGUCUUCCGAAGUAUUGCCAAAUCUCUUCAAAUGACCCAUAUGCUCGACAUGCAAACUGUCUCGCCACCCUUACUGGAAGCUCGCGAUUUGGAAAUUGCUGUUCCGGGCACUUACCGCAGUGGCAAACAAGUUAUCACUAUCGGAUUUAUCUCACCGAUCUGUAAGAUCAUGGGAUCUAAACAAAGGCCUCGAGAGCUGUCGAUUGUUGGCAGUGAAGGUCGAUGUUACCGAUUCUUAUUGAAAGGACAUGAAGACUUGAGACAAGAUGAACGAGUGAUGCAAUUGUUUGGAUUGAUCAAUACUCUCCUUUCGAAGGAUCCCGAAACUUUCAAGAGGCACCUUAACAUUCGUCGAUAUGCCGUCAUUCCCUUGGCUCCUAAUUCUGGCUUGUUGGCUUGGAUCGAAAAUACUGAUACGCUGCAUGUGUUGAUCAAGAAUUAUCGGGAAGGUCGAAAGAUUCUGCUAAACAUUGAAGCACGAUUAAUGCAACAGAUGGCGAUCGAUCAUGAACGAUUGUGCUUGACACAAAAAGUCGAAGUGUUCGAGUAUGCAAUGGAUAAUACAACCGGGCAAGAUUUGUAUCGGGUGUUGUGGCUGAAGAGCAGGAACUCUGAAGCUUGGUUGGAUCGACGAAUCAAUUACUCUCGAUCUUUGGCUGUGAUGUCAAUGGUUGGACACGUAUUGGGCUUGGGAGAUCGGCAUCCAUCUAACUUGCUCUUGGACCGAGUGACUGGAAUGAUCAUACAUGUCGAUUUCGGAGAUUGUUUUGAAGUUGCUAUGACACGAGAAAAAUGGCCCGAAAAGAUACCCUUCAGGUUGACAAGAAUGUUAGUCCAAGCGAUGGAGAUUAGUGGGGUCGAAGGGACCUUCCGAAUCACCAGUGAGAAUACGAUGCGGGUGAUGAGGUCGAACAAAGAAAGUAUCAUGGCUGUCUUGGAGGCUUUCGUACAUGAUCCUCUGAUCAAUUGGAGGUUGGUCAAAGGUGGAAGGCAACUGGAUGAGCGAGAAGGAGGUGCAACUAACCAGGCAGGCCCUCGGAUGCGUCGACCGAGAGAGGUUGAAACUAACCUAUACGAUACCGCCCAAGCCGAAGUGCUCAAUGAUAAAGCGCUGACGGUCGUCAAUCGAGUCGAACAAAAGCUCACAGGGAGAGAUUUCAAGCCCAGCGAAGAGUUGAGUGUGGCCAAUCAGGUCAAUAAACUGAUCCUCAAAGCUGUUGCGGCCGAGAAUUUGGCUCAAUGUUUCACCGGGUGGUGUCCAUUCUGGGUAGACCAUGGCGCUGGUAUCUAG